CCGCACUUUUGCCUUCGCCCCGAAGAGUAAGUACUACAAGAUAUAUCAAUAUGUCUAUUGCCGCAGCUCGAACUGGCACUUGGAUCACGUCCGCCGCAAAGAACAUAAUUCUGAAUCCAGUCUUGACUGGUCCUUUACUAUGGCUUCUUACAAAAGCACCAGUCGGAUAUCGCUCAAGUUUCAUUGAUAUUCUAGGUCCAUUGAUGAAUACUGCGAACUCGACAAGGUUUGUCAAUCACUUGAAGAUAGCCUUUGCACUUGGCAUUAUCCGUGGCCUCAACUGGGCUUUCAACCUAUGGGCGCUUGCCAAAUGGUCGACGAAAAAGACGAAUUGGGUCUGGAAUGAAGAGAUUGCCAUCGUUACUGGCGGCUGCAGGGGUAUUGGCAUGCUGAUUGUUGAUGGACUGGUUACCAGAGGGGUGAAGGUCGUAAUUCUGGACGUCUCAGAUUUGCCCGCAAGAUUCCAAAGCCACAAGCAGAUCAUGUACUUCCAGUGUGAUAUCACUAAAGAAUCGACAGUCAUGGAAGUUGCUAUGAACGUGAAGGAUUCACUUGGAACACCGACUGUUUUAGUCAACAAUGCCGGCAUUUGCGGCAACAAGACCAUCUUAGAUACAUCUGAGGAAUAUCUUCAUAGGAUAUUUGAUGUAAACAUCCUUGCCCACUUCUAUACCGUCAAGGCAUUCCUACCGGACAUGCUCAAAGCGCGUAAAGGCCAUAUAGUCACGAUCGCAAGCGGUGCUGGCUUCAUCACCGUAGCGAACAUGGUCGACUACUGUGCGACCAAAGCAGCUGCUUUGUCAUUCCACGAAGGCCUCGGCCAAGAGCUGAAGCACCGCUACUGCGUGCCCGAAGUUCUAACAACUUGCGUCCAUCCGCAUUGGACAAAGACACCGAUGCUGAAUGCUUUCGAGGACUCACUCAUUGCAACCAAGCAGUUCAUCCUCAAGCCAGAGACAACCGCGGACGCGGUAGUGAAGCAGAUCAUCAGCGGGAAGAGUGGACAACUAAUCAUUCCAGAAGCAUUCUCCCUUGCAUCGGCCUUGAGGGGCUUACCCCAUUGGCUUCAGGAAGGCUUCAGAGAUAGUCUCGGAAAGUCUGUCGUAUGAGAUUUUGCGCGUAUAUAUUGCUUGGAAGAGAGUGAAAGCGCGAUGAAGCUGUCUAAUGACUGCCUACAAAGAAUGAAAGCCUGAAAAGACUGAAAAGCCACGAAUGACUGAAGAUAGCGGUAUAUCCAUUUCGUGUCUUGGAGCCGGUAGCACUUCCGCAGUCGAGGCAGCAAGGUAUGCGAUACCUCAACGCCGAGCCUUCUGGCUCAUAUCUGUUUCCCUUAUUGUUCCUGCUGAAACUAGUACUGGUCAGUUUUCUUUUUUCGAUUAUGUAUGACAAGAACCCCUGCAGUUUUUCUGUUUCUGUUUUUUUGAUCUCUUGCUCUUCAAAUCAGUACCGGGUGUGAGUUUCUACGUACCUCCGACUACCGAUCGAGCUUCCGCUUUGUGUAGAU